AGCUGUUCCCGUCCUCUGACAUUUUCCUCUCGUCCAGACUCCCCAUCGCUUACUGCACCCGCAAUUCACCCACCCAGACGCCGAGCAGUUCUUGGUUCUUCAGAUUCGCCGUAACUAAACUGUGUAUUUAGGAAUCUUUUACUGGUUGGCAAUGGGAUCUGGGAAUGGCAUUGUGAGUGCAAACUUUAAGCAUCCGCUUCUUUCAUUUGGAGUUAUAUCAGAUGUCCAGUACGCUGAUAUUCCCGAUGGUCGUUCAUUCCGUGGUGUUCCAAGGUAUUAUCGACAUAGCUUUCUCGUGUUGCAGAGAGCUGUGCAGAAAUGGAACCAGCAAAAGCAUAACUUUGUGCUGAAUUUUGGAGACAUUGUGGAUGGAUUUUGCCCGAGAAACCAGUCUCUGACUGCUGUGAAGAAACUUGUUGAUGAAUUCGAUAGGUUCGAGGGCCCAGUGUAUCAUAUGAUUGGGAAUCAUUGCCUUUACAAUCUUCCCCGUGACGAAUUGCUUCCCCUGUUAAGGGUUCCUGGUUAUGGUGGCUAUGCUUAUUAUGAUUUCUCUCCGAUUCCAGAAUUUAGAUUCGUAAUUCUUGAUUGUUAUGAUAUAAGUGCCAUUGGUUGGCCUAAGGAUCACCCGAAUACAUUGAAGGCCUUAAAAUUACUUGGCGAGAAAAAUCCCAAUCUGGAUAAGAACAGUCCAGAUGGGCUGGCGGGAUUGGAGAGAAGGUUUCUGAUGUUCAAUGGAGCAGUUGGGAACGAACAAUUGGAAUGGCUUGAUCGCGUUCUUCAGGAGGCCACGAAGGCGAACCAAAAGGUAAUAAUUUGCUGCCACCUGCCUUUAGAUCCCGGUGCAUCAUCCAACGAAGCGUUAUUAUGGAAUUACAAUGAAGUCAUGGAUGUGAUAUAUAGAUAUAAUUGUGUCAAGGUCUGUCUAGCCGGACAUGACCACAAAGGCGGUCACUCCAUUGAUUCCCACGGAAUUCAUCAUCGGGUCCUCGAAGCAGCCCUCGAGUGCCCUCCUGGGACAGAUGCCUUUGGAUAUAUCGAUAUUUUUGAUGAUAAGUUAUCUCUUUUUGGAACUGAUAGAAUGAAGACUACCGAUAUGAUCUUCUCUCCCUGAGCUAGUAUAUAUAUAUAUACACCUUCUGAAAAUUCAGUUUCUGGAGUUUACCAUCUAGUCUUGGUUGAGAGGAAGAGAGAGAGAGAAAGAGAGAGUAACAUUUAGAGGGAUUCCCAUGCCAUUGAAUCCUUCUUAUACUCCAGAUGCAAUUGCUCUUCUGGAUACAUUAACUCGCAUGUUAUCUUGUCUUUUUUUACUGUCCUGUUCUUCAACCCAACAUCAUAAAUUCAUAAUAUAUACUAUUUCUUUUUAUUAUACUCA